UUUCGCACUCGUCUCUCUCUUCUCUCUCUCAAUCUCUCUCUGUCAAAGCUUCGAAGUCACAUCAAUGGCUUCUCACUCUCUCGCUCUCUCCCUCUUCUUCUUCCUCUUCCUCUUCUCGAGCUCCAUCUCCUCCUCCACCGCCGCCCUUGUCCAGCAACAGCCCCUCGUCCUCAAGUACCACGACGGUGCUCUCCUGAAGGGCAACGUCACCGUCGACCUCGUCUGGUACGGUCGCUUCAGCCCCACCCAGCGCUCCGUCAUCGUCGACUUCAUCCGCUCCCUCGGCUCCGCCCGCUCCGUUCCCCCCUCCGCCGCCUCCUGGUGGCGCACCACCGAGAAGUACAAGGGCGGCAGCUCCAACCUCGUCGUCGGGAGGCAGGCCCUCCACGAGGCGUACACCCUCGGGAAGUCCCUCAAUAACCGCCACCUCCGCGCCCUCGCCGGGAAGUUCAACGCCGUCGCCGGCACCAUCACCGUUGUCCUGACGGCCGCGGACGUCGCCGUGGACGGGUUCUGCAUGCGUUGCGGGACUCACGGGUCGUCCCGGCCCGGGUCGGCCUUCGUCUGGGUCGGGAACUCGGAGACGCAGUGCCCGGGGCAGUGCGCGUGGCCGUUCCACCAGCCCAUGUACGGCCCGCAGACGCCGCCGCUGGUGGCGCCGAGCGGCGACGUCGGGGCCGACGGCAUGGUGAUCAACCUGGCGACGCUCCUCGCCGGCGCCGUCACGAACCCGUUCGGGGGCGGGUACUUCCAGGGCCCGGCGAACGCGCCGCUGGAGGCCGUGUCGGCGUGCACGGGGAUAUACGGGUCGGGCGCGUACCCGGGGUAUCCGGGCCGGCUCCUGGUGGACAAGGUGACCGGGGCGAGCUACAACGCCCACGGGCUCGGCGGCCGGAAGUUCCUGCUGCCGGCGAUGUGGGACCCGGAGACGUCGGCGUGCAAGACCCUCUUGUGAUCGCGCCACGUGGGACCGAUCGUCGUCAUCCAUGCACCGCGGUCUGUAGAUAUUGUGGGGGGUUUGGUUCGCUGUUACUGUUGUAUUAAAACUCUGUCUAGACUUGGUACACGGUUCGACCGGGUGAACCGAGUCGAACCUCAAUUCGGACCGGGUUUAGGCCGGGAAUUAGCGGCGGUCAGUGUCCUGUGUCGCGAGGUUCGAGGGAUGUUGGGAUAAGGAUGAGUUUCUCUUGUUUUUUUCUAUGGGGUUUCUUUUUGCUUUUUACUUUUUUUUAAAUCUUUCUUUGGCACGUCUUGCUUUUAGGUAAAGAAAAAAUAUUAUAAAUAUAUAUAAAUGAAAGAAAUGAUGAAAAUGUGUUGAAAAAUAAA